AUGUUUGGCAUUAAAGCGAAAAGAGGCAUAGCAUCGUCUUUUUUGCCUAGCAAACAAAUCGCAAGUAUCGAAACUGAGGAACAACUUGAAGAAAUCGCCAAUACUUUUGAAACCGAAGAACAGCUUGAAGAAACUGGUAAUACUUCUGAAAAAAAUUUGAGCGGUGGUCAAACCGAAAACCAAAUUCCAAAGAAAAAUAUUGAAGAUGACUUGCAAUCUACCACGUCUUCACAUCAAGUUCUGAAUGAAAAACACAAGUUAAUUUCUAUAAAAAGAGUGGCCGCGAAAGAGAAUCUUCUACUGCAAGCAACAAAAAUGUUGCGAAUAUCACAAAAUCAAUUUCCUCCUGCUCAAAUUGGUGAUACUGUACGAAUACAAGUCCCUGAUGUCGACCGUGGUAGUACAGAUAACCGAAAUGUGUUAGCGGUUGUUGUUGGAAUAGAAGACUCCGACUUUUAUAAACUUGCGAAUGAAAAUGGUACCCUCAAGCAGCUUUACACACGUAAUAAGUUCGAAAUUUGUAAAGAAAAGCUCCUUUCCAUAGAUAAGAUUUCUUUUCAAGAAAUUUCGCUGAGAGAAGCAGCUGCAGCUAAUUCGAGAAGCGGUGGGCAAGGCUAUACACGCUGUCAUUGCAAAAGGAAGUGUUCCACAAAUAAAUGCAGUUGUAAAAGCAAGGGCCUCUUGUGCAAUUCAAAGUGUCAUAAUGGUUUAAGUUGUUGCAAUAAAUAA